AUGACGAAAACGAGCCUCGCGUCCGUCGCGCUGCUGACCGAGGCCGAAGCCGCGCGCGCGUUCAACAUGGGAACGACGCGCUUCAAGGCCAGAUGCCGCACCCUCGGGAUCGCGCGAUGGCCGUACCGCAAGCUCAUGUCGCUCAAGAACCUGUACUACGACCUCACCGUCCACUUGAAGCGCGCGCUGGACGGGAACGACGUCGACAUGGAAGAGCGCGCGCGCGCCAUGAUGGAAGAGAUCAAAACCUACGCCGCGCUCCUCGAGUCCGACCUGAGCCUCCUGAACAGCUUCUACAACGGCAAGAAAGCGUGGCCGGAUCACAUCUUAAAGAUCAGACAGACGAUCUACAAGAAACGACACGCGGAGGUGCUCGUGAACAAGAAGAUAGCGGCGAAGAACGCCAAGUCGGAGCAGGUCGCCGCGCGCGCGUUCUCGGACGCGAGCGACUUCGACUCGCGCGACGACGACCGGCUCAGCGACGACGACAGCAUGCAGACCGAUCGCGAUGGCGCGGGGAUCGAGGAGUACGCUCACGAGUGGUGGCAGCUCGCGCUGGAAGAACCGAACUUCGCGAUCGCCUAG